AUGACUAUUCAGGAAGCGACUCCACCACACGAGCUCCUCGACUCAGAGUCGGGAUGGCAGGAGAAGGCGAUGGGUGCUAAGGAUGGAACGCCGCAGUAUCAAGAUGCUUUUGGUGACGAGUCAAACGCUGAAGUCAAGUAUAAGACAAUGGAGUGGUGGCAAGCUGGGAUGUUCAUGAUUGCAGAAUCUGUUUCGCUAGGUGUACUGUCAUUGCCAGCAACUCUCGCGCAGUUGGGUCUCGUACCAGCUCUUGUGUUAAUCAUAGGCCUCGGUCUCCUUGCCACAUACACCGGUUAUGUCAUUGGACAAUUCCAUCAGGCAUAUCCCCAUAUCCAGAACCUGGCCGACACCGGAGAUGUACUCAUGGGUGCAUUUGGACGAGAACUCUUCGGAAUCGGCCAGCUACUCUUUUCGAUUUUCAUCAUGGGAAGCCACAUCUUGACAUUCAGUGUCAUGAUGAAUACAAUCACCGAGCACGGCACUUGCACCAUGGUUUUUACGACAGUCGGUUUUGUUAUCUGUAUGGUGUGCUCGCUGCCUCGUACCAUGAAGAACAUGACUUAUAUUUCGGGCGUUUCUUUCGUCAGUAUUUUCAGUGCCGUCAUGGUCACCAUGAUCGGCGUAGGCGUCCAGGCCAACGGCGUCUCAAGAAUCCAGGCCACCAUCGACACUGAUCUGUUCCACGCGUUUACCGCCGUGACCAACAUCGUCUUUGCUUACUGUGCGCAUGUGGCAUUCUUUGGUCUCCUUGCCGAAAUGAAGAACCCAAGAGAAUUCCCAAAGGCAUUGUAUAUGCUGCAGACCUUUGAGAUCAUCUUCUAUACCGUUGCCGCUGUUGUGAUUUACUACUAUGCCGGUCAGUCUGUAGAGUCUCCGGCUCUGGGAUCCGCGGGGCCUCUGCUGAAGAAGGUGGCAUAUGGGCUCGCGAUUCCGACUAUCGUUGGCGCGGGUGUUGUUAACGGUCACGUCGGUCUGAAGUAUAUUUACGUCCGCCUUUUCCGUGGAACUGACAGAAUGCAUCGCCGCGACUUGGUUUCCGUCGGGUCAUGGAUUGCCAUCGGCUUGACAUGCUGGAUAAUUGCUUGGAUCAUUGCCGAUGCUAUUCCUGUGUUCAGUGACUUGCUCAGCUUGAUCAGCUCACUGUUUGCUAGCUGGUUCAGUUACGGCCUUGGUGGUGUAUACUGGUUACACAUCAACUGGGGCAAGUGGUUCUCAUCUCCACGAAAGAUCUGCCUCACGAUCAUUAAUAUGCUGAUUGUGCUGAUUGGCGGAUGCAUGUGUGGUCUCGGACUUUACGUGUCUGGAAAGGCGAUUCACGACGAUGCCUCCAGCAAUAGCUUCUCCUGUGCUAGUAACACAUAG